AUGAACAAUUGGGGCCAGCAGCCUCCGGGCCAUGGCCAUGGCCAGGCCUAUAAUGGCCAUGGCUAUCAGCAGAUGCCCCCUCAGCCUGGCUAUCAACAGCACCAGCACCAGCAACACCAUCAGCAACAGCAGCAUCAACCGCAUCAGCAUCAGCAUCAGCAUCAGCUGCAUCAGCAUCAGCAGCAGCAGCAACAACAACAACAACAACAACAACAACAAUAUGGAUCCGGAAACUCGAUGGCAUAUAUGGGCAACCAGCAGUACCAGGCUGGCGCCCACUUCCUCCCUAUGCCUACCUCGAACUCCCAGAUGCAGUCGAUGCCGCACAACAGCAGCAGCACCAAAGACCGCAUCAGCAGCAGCACCACCAGCAGCCUUUCAGCAAUGGCGCAUAUCAGCACCAUGCGCAAGUGCCUCAACUGCAGCCUCAACCUCAGUCGCAACCUCAGCUUCAACCCCAUCCUCAAUACAUUUCCCACCACAACUACCCGCCGCAAGUAG